ACACACACACACACACACACACACACACACACACACACACACGCACGAGGAAGGCCUUUCUGCCCACUCUCCUGCUUUGAGAGUUUUAGUGGGAGAGAAUGUGAGGAGGAAGUGCAGAACAGUUUCAGUCCUACAAGAGAAUAAAUGUGCUACGGUAAGGGACCAGCCAAGCAGGUUUCUCUGUGUGUGUCAUGUACAAUAGGUGAUAGCUCAUGGAAGCAGAAAGUUAAUAUUUCACCGGAUAAUUGCCUGUUUGUGUUGCUAUCAUACUGUACUACACUGUACUGUACACCAUUUGUUGUUAGAAAGCAAUAUAUUACAAAGCAAAAGAUGGGUGCGGAAAGGAAACAUUAGCCUAGAUGUUGACUGUGUGCAGUGAAAUAUGCACGAUGCACAUAUCCCAUAGUGCUGAAAGGCUGAUGCUGGAAUGAAGGAAAUCAACGGGCUCUGGAUGCAGAUAUGAGCAGAAGCUCAUCGUUUCACAAAUCUGACAAGAGAUAACAGGAUUUGAUCUUCAGUUGACAUGAGACAGGAAGUGUGGGGUAAAGGAUUUCAGAUCUAUCUCUCUAUGUGAACCUCUUAACCCCUCAAUCCCUUGUGGGACCUAAAUGGGCUGAUUAUGAUUCCCAUAUUAGGGCUUUAGCCUUUAUGUAAGUUAUCUAACAUGUCCUCCUGCCCGGUCUGCCUGACACUACAUUACGCCUUGUUUAGCUUAGUCGCUGAGUGAGAGGAGGUUGUUCCACUCUCCUUAGUAUUUCAUUGUCAAUCAUCUGUCUGGUAUGGUUUUUAUUAUGGCUUUGUGCCACUGUGGUGGGGCGGCCGGUAAGCAGAUUGUGUGAGAGGAUGUGUCAGGAUGCCCGGGGUUGCAGAGAGAGCCAGGGGGUGGACUGAUGGACUCAUUGGACUGAUGGCUGUGCAGAGUGGAGUGGAGGCUGCUCGGAUGGGAGUUUGGAUUGAGCCUUUGCUGUAAAAGGUAGAAUCCUUCAUUGAAAGUCAACAAAGAACAAUCAACAAGGACAGUCAACAAGUGAUUGACGAGCUGCCUAGGAUGAGGUGUGAGGUGGAGGUGACCCCUGAACCCAGCAGCCCCACACUGCUCGGAGAGGCAGCAGACACCUACAGCCAGGUGGACCGAUGGCAAAAGCUACGCACCGCCGUCCGCAAGCUGGAAUUCUGGGAAGACUUCAGCGCCGAGCUGAUUGGGAGUGGCUUCUUCUCCACGGUGUACAAGGUGUCACACUGUACCACAAGAAAAGUGAUGGUGGUCAAGAUCUAUAAGAACGACGUGGACCAGGACAGCAUCGUGCGAGAGAUCAGUCUACUGCAGAAGCUCUCACACCCCAACAUUGUCCGGUAUCUUGGAAUCUGCCUGCGGGAGGAUAAGCUGUAUCCAAUCCUGGAGUAUGUGAGUGGGGGAUGUCUGGAGGACCUCUUGGCCCAGGAGGACGUGUCUCUGUGUUGGAGGGAGAAGGUGGAUCUGGCAUGUGACAUCAGCAGAGGCAUGACCUACCUGCACUACAAGAACAUCUACCACAGAGACCUCAACUCCAAGAACUGUCUGAUCCGGGAGACGUAUCGGGGCAGGGAGGCGGUGGUGACAGACUUUGGUCUGGCCAGAGAGGUGAUGAUGGAACUGCCAGUCAACGACCCCGAGAGGAAGAUGUCUCUGGUGGGAUCUGCCUUCUGGAUGGCCCCCGAGAUGCUCCGAGGGGAACCCUACGACCGCAAGGUGGACGUAUUCUCUUUUGGGAUCAUGCUGUGUGAGAUUCUAGGCCGGAUCCCAGCAGAUCCUGAGAUCCUUCCCAGAACACGGGACUAUGGUCUAGACAUGGAGGCCUUCAGUAAGAUGGUGCAGGGCUGUCCACGACACAUCCUGGAGCUGUCAGCCAACUGCUGUCUGGUCAGUGUGGACUGGAGGGGAGGGGAGGGGACCGACCAAUUAUUUAGAUGGAUGCGUUUCGGAGACCCUCCUUCUCAGAGCUGCUGGACGAGUUGGAGGACAUCGCUGAGAGCCUGGAACCCCCCGACUCAGACCUGACCACGGGGUGAGGGUGUGGGGUGGACCCCCAAACCCCUCCAGGAUCAUGUGGACUGCAGCAGGCAGCUACUCCAAAGUCUUAUACAACAGAGACACGGUAUACUUCAGGACCGCUUUACAGUAACACAUGCAGGGCUCCCAGUGCAGCUCUCCCUGCUGACUCUGUGUGACUCUCUGAAACAGAACCGGAUGACCCCCCCCGGCUCUUAAAUUGUAUGAUAUUAUUGUAUUUUCCACUUGAAGUUAAGGAUGUAGAAGCCUUUGAUUGUAAAGAGUGCAUGAGGAUUUGUCCACUCUCUCUUCUCUUUCAAAGCUGCCUCCUAUCAUCAUAGGCUCCUCCUCUCCUAUCAUCAUAGGCUCCUCCUCUCUUUCAUCAGCCACGUGGCGACGCACGCAAAAUGAAAUUCCUCUCUCUGUCCAACUAGUCAUCUGAAUGAUGUCAUUUGGCAGUGAGGGAAUGGCCGCUGGUGGACUGCAGCAGGGGAGCUAACAGGAGUUACGAUUACACUGAGUCAGGAUGACUUUGCACUAGAACUGACUGUUACAGUAUGUGGCUGAAGUCAAUAGGAUGGCUGAAUUGGGCCAUUGUGUGGGUGAGGACCAAGCUACACUCUUUCUUUCGCUCAUCCUUUCUCGUUUGUGAUGUCACAUAUUUUCUGUUGUUGACGAACAGAGUUGGCAGGUGUUAGGUAAGGGUUGGUGUCCCGUGGUGUUCAGUACCGGGGUUAAGUAGGCAGAGGAAAGAGGACUAUCCCUCCCUCUCAGGAUGUGAAUGAGAUAAUACUAAACUCAAUGAAACACCAACCUCAGCAAGACUUUAACUGCAGUUGUGUAUCAGUUUAUAUGAAAUGCCUUUAUGUCUUGUCUUGUACAAUAACGAUUUUGCUUCACCCUUUUCGUGGGGAUACAUUUUGUUUUCCACAUCAAAUCCAUACAAUACUCUGUUUAUAUUUUGUGAUUUUAGUUGCUAUGGGAAAUUGGGAUCUUGCUUACUUGUCACAAAUUUGAAGCAUUGUAAUAAAAUGCAUGAAUUGA